UGCUCGCGCGGUUGACACUGUUCACCUCCAACAGAGAAACUUCCUCGGAGUUCUCAGGCUCUUCUGUCUGCGCACCAAGUCAGACUUAGUGCUCAGAGUAAGCCACCGCUGUUGGGACAGUCCUACUCACUUCUGCACUUUUUAAGUUGUAUGCCCUAUUUUUUCUAACUUUUUAAAGUGAAGCCAACCUUUCCCCUUGGUUUCCGAUCCUUAUUUAGUUUGCUGGAGGUCGGUACCUACAUGAAUAUGCUCAGGAAUACAAGUUUUUCUUGCUCUUAAAAAGUGAAAGGAGUUUUUGACGGAGGCGAAAUUAACCUAUCUUAAACAUCAUAAACAUUUCAUAUUCGGUGUGGAUAUGGCUUGGAUUAAAUGGGGCCUCUUAUUUUCCCUCGGUUCUUUCCUCUCCCUGAUACGUGUGUCAGCGGAGCAGCAGCAGAGCCAGAGCGGCUUCAGGAGGCUGUUCGUGCUCCAGCCUGGGUCGGGGUCGACCGGAGCAGACGGCGGGGUGCGAGUCAGCUCCAUCUCGACGCGUCAUGGCGCAGCGGGGCAGCCGCGCACGUACAAUGUGGAGCUCACCGCGAACUUCGGCGGCCAGGUGCGGACCCGCAGGAUGGGGACGCAAGCGGCAUCACCCCCACAGCUCAGUCAUCAGCAGGCAGUGGUUUGGCAGAGCGGACAGGAACAGAGCCAGCAGAAGCAGCAAAUGAAUCUGUCCGGGGUGAAUGUCUGUGGAGGGCAGUGUUGUCAUGGAUGGAGUAAAGCUCACGGAUCGCACCGGUGCACAAAGCCUACCUGUAUCCCUCAAUGCCAGAACGGAGGAAUGUGCCUCAGGCCUCAGCUCUGUGUCUGCAAGCCUGGCUCAAAAGGGAAGGCAUGCGAACAGAAGACUGUGCCUACACACCCUGUUCCAGCAUUGCCUGGGAAUGGACCUACCCAAGAGCACCCCACCGGUCACACAAAGGGACAGAAUGUGGUGCCCCAGUGGCCAACACCUCAGCAACUGCCUUCCAUUGGUUAUGAAUCCGCCUCCCCACCAGCUAGCAACAUGGCCCACAUGAAACUAACCAUGAAGCCGGCCCCCCAGCUUGUGCGACCACAUUACAUCCAACAGCACAUCCAACAACAGAUCCAGCCCAUACUCCCAGGUCCGAGCCAGCAGUAUGCUAUAAAUCCCAAAUACUACCACAAACAUACCACACACACACAGUCCCAGCCAGAGAGGCCGAUCCCACUAACAGUGGGACACAACUCCUUCCAUGCAGCAGUGGGCAAUCAUACAGGAAGGAUCAAGGUGGUCUUCACACCCACCAUUUGCAAAUUAACCUGCAUCGGAGGCAGAUGUCACAACAACUGUGAGCAGGGAAACACCACAACCAUCAUCAGUGAGAAUGGCCACGCCACAGACACUCUGACAGCACCCAACUUCAGAGUAGUGGUGUGUCACCUGCCAUGUAUAAAUGGCGGUAAGUGCAGCACCAGAGACAAGUGUCAGUGCCCCCCCAACUUCACUGGAAAAUUCUGCCAGAUGCCAGUUCAGACAGGACACCAACAGCACCAGCAGGCGGCCGGUGGCUACAGCCAAACUGAGGUCCACUCUACGCACACGUUGCCUCUGACCUACAGCAAUGGCCAGAGUACUGUGUUCGGCCCCAACAUUGUCAACAUUCAUAUCAAACAUCCUCCAGAGGCUUCUGUCCAGGUCCACCAGGUGUCUCAGCUGGACAACUACCACAGCAACGGACACCAGCUGCAAGGUUCUCAGUCAAGCUCCUCUUCAAGUACCAGUUACACCUACCACCACACAGAGAACAGCCAGAAGAUCCAGCACCAUGGAUACAAUGUAGUCUAUCCCAGCCAGCAUGGCUACCAGGUUCCUCAGUACCAGCCUGUCACCUCCAAGAGCACUCUGGGCCGAUGCUACCAGGAGACGGCAGGCAGUCAGUGUGGGAAGCUUCUGCCAGGUCUCACUAAACAGGAGCAGUGCUGUAGAAGCAUUGGAACAUCCUGGGGUUUCAACAAAUGCCACAAGUGUCCAAACAAACCGUUUAUCCCUCUGAUAGAUUGUCCUCAAGGUUACAAGAGAAUCAACAGUUCUUAUUGCCAAGACGUGGACGAGUGCCAGCUACAGGGUGUAUGUCCCAAUGGAAACUGCGUGAACACCAUGGGCAGCUACCGGUGCAUGUGUAAACCUGGCUAUGUCCCCAACCUGAUGUUCACCACAUGCAUACCCAACACACCUGCCAUCCAUGAGGACAAAGGGGCUUGCUUCCGUUUGGUCAGCUCAGGGAGGCAGUGUUUGCACCCAGUUUCUGCCCAUCUGAGCAGACAGCUCUGCUGCUGCAGUGUGGGCAAAGCCUGGGGCCCUCGUUGUGACAAAUGCCCCCCUCCAGGAACAGCUAAGUUCAAAGAGAUCUGUCCUGGUGGAAUGGGCUACACUGUUCUACCAAAUCCACCUGUCAAUAAGCCAGUCAUCAUGCACCAGGAGCUCACUGACCUGCUACCCCUCCAGCCCCUGCCAACACUAGAGAGACCAGAGGAAACUUUUGGGAAUCCAGGGCCGAAUAUACCAGUAGCAACAACUGCACCAGAUCAGGAGCUGGUAGUUCCUGUGGUUAGUAAUAGGCCAGUAGUUGAACUGGUCCUGCCCCAGCUAUCUCCGGGUGUGUCCACUGUCAAGAUGGAGGCAGCCUAUCCAGAGGUUGUUGAGAGGAUUUCUCCACCUACACCUGUAGAGAUUCUCCCAUCCAAUGCAGGCCAGGACAUUGCCCCCACUCAGUCAGUUGAUGUGGAUGAAUGCCUGGUGAACCCUUAUAUUUGUGGCCAGGGGAUUUGCUACAACACAGCUGAGGGCUACACCUGCCACUGUGAUGAUGGAUAUCACCUGGAUGAUGCUCAAACCACCUGUGUAGAUGUAGAUGAAUGUUUGGAAAGCCCAUCUUUAUGCUUUGGUGGUCACUGCAGGAACACAAUGGGCAGCUUCCUGUGUUCAUGCCAGCAGGGAUUUCUUGUCAAUGAACAGGGAACCAGCUGUGUUGAUAUAGAUGAGUGCCAGGAUCAGUCGGUCUGUACCAGGGGCCACUGCAUAAACACUGAAGGCUCCUUCAUCUGUCAGUGUGGGCCUGGCUUCAAAGUAUCAGCGACUGGGGACCAGUGUGAUGAUGUGGAUGAGUGCGUAGACGAAGCUAGGCCUUGUGAGGCUGUGGGGGAGUGUGUAAACAACAUAGGCUCCUAUACCUGUACCUGCCCUCAGGGAUACCAGCAGAUCAACGGCACCAGCUGCAGAGAUGUUGAUGAGUGUGUGGAUGAGCCAGAGCUCUGUUCCCCCCAUGGCACAUGUUUAAACACGGAGGGAUCCUAUCUGUGUGUUUGUGAGAGUGGAUUCACUGCCAACCUUGACACGCCCUCCUGUGAUGACAUCGAUGAAUGUGGCCUGAAUGAAACAUUGUGUGGCCCUUACGGCUUCUGUGAGAACAGACUGGGGUCCUUCCAAUGCCUCUGUGACCAGGGCUACCAAGAGUCCCAGGAUGGCCAAGGCUGUAUGGAUGUGAAUGAGUGUGAGCUGCUGAGCAGUGUGUGUGGAGAAGCUCAGUGUGUGAAUGUGGAUGGUUCCUUCCUCUGCAUGUGUCCCAGCGGCCAGGAGUAUAAUGUCAUGAUCGCCAAGUGUGAUCCUGUUCCCACAAUGUCAUCAGUGGAGCGUAAGGAGUGCUACUAUCGUCUGAACGAUGAGAACCUGUGUGAGAGUGUCCUGACCAGCCAUGUCACCCUGCAGGAGUGCUGCUGCACAUUGGGAGCUGGCUGGGGUGACAACUGUGAGGUGUAUCCCUGUCCUGUCAAUGGCACAGACCAGUUUCACCACAUGUGUCCUUUUGGAAGAGGUUUGAUUCCCAGUGGAGACUUACUGUAUGGAGCAACCACUGCUGACAACUACAAAAAUGCAGAUGAAUGUAUGCUGUUUGGGAAGGAGGUGUGUAAAGGAGGCUUCUGUCAGGAUACUGUGGGGAGUUUCGAGUGUUACUGCAAGGCUGGGGAGGACUACGACCCUGCUACACUGGAGUGCAGAGACAUCGAUGAGUGUCUGGAUGAGUCGGUGUGUGGUGGCGGACACUGCGUGAACACAGAUGGCUCAUACAUGUGUUUCUGUGCACCUCCCUUGAUGUUGGACCCUAUUCGUAACAGCUGUGUCAUCAAUCCCGAGAACACCAGCCCAUAUGAGGCGCAACAGAGGGACUUCCAGGGGAUCUGCUGGCAGACUAUUACAGAAACCACCAUGUGUAGCGAGCCACUGGGCCUCGACAGGAAGACCACAUACACAGAGUGCUGCUGCCUGCAUGGGAAGGCCUGGGGCAUGGACUGUGCCCUGUGUCCACCCAGAGACACCGUGCAUUAUGCAUACAUGUGUAACCUUCCUGUGGGUGGCGAGCAGCGGCUGUACGGACAGGACGCUCUUGUGGCCGGCCCAGUCCAUGAAUAUGAAGUGAGCCCAGAUUACUCACUGUCACCUGAGCAGGAGGCUGCCCUGUCCUAUUAUGAGAACAAGGAGUAUCCACAUAAGGCAUUUGAGGGAUUGCGAGCAGAGGAGUGUGGGAUACUGAAUGGCUGUGAGAACGGUCGGUGUGUCCGGGUUCAAGAGGGUUACACUUGCGACUGCUUUGAUGGAUACACCUUGGACCUGUCCCGCAUGGCUUGCAUCGAUGUAAACGAGUGUUCGGAACUGAACAGUCGGAUGUCGCUGUGUAAGAAUGCCAAGUGUAUCAACACAGUGGGCUCAUAUAAGUGUGUGUGUCUGCCAGGCUUCACUGCCUCUGACAAACCCAACUACUGUGUGGAGGCAGCAACAGACCAGACAUCAACGCACACACCGUGAGCAUGGACAGGCACCGCGCAGGGACGAGAAUAAACACAAAACCACAUGUACAACUUUGUAAUACUAUACUUGUGAGGACAUCCGCUGACUACAUGCAGUCACUGCUAAAUACUUAACACCAUCCUUAAAGUUAAACUUGCUGGUGUCCAGCAGUGCUCUCGAAUCUCAGACCACUUCACAGCAGAUCACCAUCAGUGACCUGGAGGAACAUAUAACAAAAAUAUUCUCUUCACUCACCGUAUUACACUUCUGCGCUGCACCACCUAGGAGUUUUUUCCUCUUGUAUUAUAUUAAUUAUAUUUUUCAUUUUAAUGGUUUUUUUAAUGUGGACAUGUUUAAAUAAACCAUUCCUAAAUAUUAUGAAGUACCCCAGUGUUAAAGGAUAAGGUCAGUCAUUUUCUAUAUUAACAGC